ACAUUUAAAAAAAAAAGGCAGCUGUUGUGUUUAGUCGUUGAGUGAAUUGCCGUACUGUCUUUUGCAAAAACCCGUUCGAUCCAGUUUUUAAGAAUUAAGGAAGUGAGAGAAGAGGAGAGGCAUCGAAUCCAAAACGACUUCACCUUCUCCUCUAUAGGUUGUUUGUAUUUGCUGAGCUUCUGCGCUAGAAAACAUGCUUCCUCUUUCUCUGCUUAAAACUGCCCAGGGCCAUCCUAUGUUGGUAGAGCUAAAAAAUGGGGAGACUUACAAUGGGCAUUUGGUCAAUUGUGAUACUUGGAUGAACAUCCAUCUCCGUGAAGUAAUUUGCACUUCCAAGGAUGGAGACAGGUUUUGGAGAAUGCCCGAAUGCUACAUCCGUGGUAAUACAAUUAAGUAUCUUCGAGUUCCUGAUGAGGUGAUUGAUAAAGUUCAGGAAGAAACCAAGAGCCGCUUUGAUCGUAAACCACCUGGAGUUGGGCGUGGCAGAGGAAGAGGUAGAGAGGAUGGUCCUGGUGGAAGGCAAACAAAAGGAAUUGGUCGUGGACUAGAUGAUGGAGGUCUUAAGGGUCCUGGUGGAGGCCGAGGCAGGGGAGGAUCUGGUGGAAAGACUGGUGGUAGCAGAGGUGGAGGCAGAGGCCGAGGUUGAUGUGCAUCUGUAAAACUAAGGGCGAGUUUGCCAUUUUUGAAGGCAUUUUUGCCCAUUUUCUUUAGGGAACUGUCGUGGUGAUUCAUUUAUCUAAAUCUUUGGCUCUUUAAGUUGUAAUGGUUGGUUUUCUAGUAGCAAAUGUAUGUAAGUUGUGUCACACAUUUAUCGCUCUUGCCGUGGUGAGGUUCAGAAUUAUGAUAGUUGAUUUAGCCAUUUCAUGAUUUUUGAUA